AUGGACCUCGACGCGGCUGCUAUUGCUCAAGCCCACGAGGAGCUCACGGAAAUGCUUCAAAUUCUGUCAAGAAGAACUGGAGCUUUACGACGCGACGAUCUCACUCGACGCAUCGAGCAAGUUAGUCGAGAGUUCACUCGAAUUCGUGCUAACGGAAUGAGACAAUCGUUCGAGCAGCAACUCGCCAGACAAGCGGCGGAACGUCGUAUGCGUCGGCGAAACGACUCGGAUUCUUCCUCCAGCUCGGACAGCAGCGACAUCGAUUUGGACUUCAUCUAUCCCUUGGACCUGUGUGAGACUCCGUCGGCAUCAACAUCGUCGUCGACACAGACUCACAACACUCAGGCGAAUCUCAACACAUCGUCAAGCAGCAUGGAGGUGGAAGAAGCGGAAUCGACACCGAGCAUGGCGCAGCCGAAUCAGCACACCAACGCACCAUCGUCAUCCGAGAACACUCAAGCUACUUCGUCUUCUCCCAAUACGGCUUCUUCACCUGAAUUCACAGAAACUCAGUCAACUGCUACCAAGAGAAGAUUGUCUCACUCAUUGGAAGAAGAGCCACCGGCGAAGCGAUCCAUGGCAACAUCAACGGACGACGCUUAUUUCCACUUCGCACACAUCACCGGCUCCACUUCAUCUUCUUCUCGCUAG